AUGUCUGGUCGUGGUAAGGGUGGUAAAGGACUUGGAAAAGGAGGUGCAAAACGUCAUCGUAAAAUCUUGCGUGAUAACAUUCAAGGAAUCACGAAACCCGCGAUUAGACGUCUUGCUCGACGUGGUGGUGUCAAACGUAUUUCCGGACUCAUCUACGAAGAGACACGUGGAGUUUUAAAAGUAUUCCUCGAGAAUGUUAUCCGAGACGCAGUCACUUAUACCGAACAUGCCAAGCGAAAAACUGUAACUUCGCUUGACGUUGUCUAUGCUCUCAAACGACAAGGACGCACUCUCUACGGAUUUGGAGGAUAA